CUUAUUCUUUUGUAGAGGCGCUGUAAACACAGGUUACAUAUGUACAGAAGACUAGAGUAAUAAGCUUUCGUCAUUUCGGUCGCUUUCGUUCGUCGUGUUAUAUUCACGCGUUUCACGUAUUCGUCGCGUUGUCGACUCGAUUCGUCUCGUUGAUCGCUAGUUGCGGACAAUCGGCGCGUGUCGUGCAACAACCAGGAAGAAUCGACCGAAUAAGACGUAAACGGCAAGAUCUUGGCAUCGUUCUCGGAAACAGGACUAACGUAAAAGACAAAGAGAAAGAGUGAGGAGAGCGCGAGAAGCGCAAAAAUGGCCGAGAUUGAUGCGAAAGUGAACAUGUCGCUCGAUGAGAUCAUAAAGAUGGAGAAAAAGAAAAAGAAUGCGGCGACCAACGGAAAAACCGGCGGCGCCAAGCGUAAUCGUGGUGCCGUACGAGGCCGGGGUGGAUUUAGAGGAAGAGGUACGAGAAUCAAGCGCAAUGUCGGAGCUAUCCUGAAGAAACAGCAACAGCAAAGUUGGCAACGUAAUGCGAAUACUGCGAGUAAUGUUCGCGGUGGUUUCGCUCGAAAUCGCUUCAAAAAGAAUGGUAAUCUCGUGAGAUCGCGGAGCAAUUUGAGCCUAAAUCAUAAAGCGAAUAACGCGAGAGGUGGCACGUUCAAUAUUCGUCGUGGCAGAGGCAACAGAUUCGGUCUGACUCGCAGCCGUAGUCGCACGAAUUUGACAUUUAAUCACGGCGGUUUCUUCACAAAUAACAAGAGCUCGCUGAAACGAACAAGCAGCUUGCCUAAUUUGCGAGAUCCGAAUUCUGUUCACAAUCGCCUGGGGUACCAAAGCCCCGCCCAGAUUGCCUAUAGGAAUCGUGUGAAACGAGCAAAACAAUUACUGCUACAACGACAGAAUCAAAGACUGAGUUUGCAGAAUCAAUUCAGAAUGGCACAGACCGGACAAAAAACCAAUCUACUCACGAUGCAGCCGAGAAGCUUGGGAAGACAACAGAUACUAACAUCGCAACGUCGCUUCACAACCGGUGGACUGCGAUCCGAUCAAAUUGCUCGUGCACAGAGACGGGCGCAAUAUGAACAGAAAUUGAUGAGAAUGAAUACGGCUCGGCUAACUCCUGCUCCGAACGUCAAUUUCAUGUGUACAUUGGGGAGCGAAUACGUACCUACUUCUGCACGCCCGCGACCACUCACUCUUGCACAGAGUCGACCAUCUGCGACUAUUGGUAAUGCGCGACAACUACCCAGAGGACGAUCGCCAUAUAGGCAGAGCACACAAGCUUUAGAUGUGAUUGGCCGAGGACCGUUAUUUGGUCGACAACGCUCGAGAUCGAGAUCACGAUCACGCUCACGUACGCACAACACAACCACAUCCGAUUCCAGUGGAGAUGUCGACGACCGUAGUUUCAGCGAAGUUAUGUAUAGCCUGUCAGGAAAUCUUGGCGUUACAGGGCGAACUCUUAAUGAUCGAUUUAGCUUUUAAAUAAUAGCGUUAUAAAUUUAACUUUAUAUCCAACACAUUAUUGGUGAUUUGUUAGUAACUUAUCAGUAAUAUUAUAGAAAAGAAGAAACUUUUCUUUUAACAAUGUAGACAGAAUGCCGUUAUAUUUGUCUUUAUUAAGUGUGCGAGCAUUAUUAAUGUCAAAUUCACAAUGCGUUAAUUAACACAUUCACAAUACAUUUUCAUUUUUAAUUGCAAAACUGUGAAUUUACUUGAAAUGUCACUUCUCAAUAUUAGCGCUGUUAACAUGUGUACAAACUAUUUUUAGAGAAUAUCACGUUAGAUGAUAUACUUUCAUUUGGGUUACAUGAUGAUAUGCAUGGAUAGUUUUAAAAAAUGAUUUUUGUCACGAUUGCAAAAAGGAAUCUCAUUUUUUCAUCUACGUGCAUACUAACUUUGUAUAAAAUCUUCAGUAUUUUUUCAUUAGAUGAAAUAUAAAAGAAAAAAAGUUACUUAAAUAUAUGUAACAGUUUUGAAAACAAUUCAAUGACGAAUUUCGAUAUUUGCGAACGAAAAUUAGUAGAAGUAUAAUAAUAUACUUGUAUAUGAAGUAAAACGCGUUUUUUUCAAAUGUACUUUCUUUUUGCUUUAAGAGAAAUAUACAAACUUUGAUGAUUAGUCACUCAUCUUUUUAAAUGAAUAUCGCAAUUUAAAUAAUCUUUAAAAUAGAUGCGAAAUGAUGUUUGCAUAUUCACAUCUGUAACAUUUUCGUGAACUCAUUGAUUGAUAUUUUUUCACGCUGAUUAAUAAAUAUUUUGGUUUGAA